AUGGUGGGCCUGCCGACGGGCUUCAGGACACGCACGCGGUCAGAGAACUGCCUGCCCAUCAUCCACGACUCGGCAGGGGCCUCCCCGGGCACGACCGACUCCCAGCAUCGCCGGCCGCGCCCCAGGCCCUCCCAUGCCACCCUGCUCAAAUGCCUGCUGGGCGUGUCCCUGGCGAUGCUGGUCACGUACGAGUUUGGCGCGCCGGGGCUCUUCGUCCCCCUGCAGGACGCCCUGGACCUGGACUUCCCCUCGCAGCCCGCCGAGGUGGCGCUGCUCGGGGAGCUGCCCCCGGGCGGCAAGCUGCCUCCCGGGAAGAGGGACGAGGCCCAGAUGACGCUGGGGGAUGUCAUGAAGCUCUACGUCGACACGGCCGGGGACUCCGACCGCAGGAGGCUGGCCGGCGACGAUGUCUCUGGAGAGGAUGAGCCUGAGGGGGUGGGGGACAGCGUGCGCAUCUUGGUGGGCGUGACCUCCGCCUGCUGCUCGCCCAGGGCCCGGGCGAGGCGGGACUCGGUGCGCCGCACCUGGAUCAAACGCACGCGCGCCCUGCACCCCAACGUCGACAUCGUCUUCUUCUUGUCCCAGCCUGAGAACGCCAGCGUGGCUGCCAAGGCCCUGGGACCCAUCGCGGAGGAGCUGGCGGAGCACGGCGACAUCGUCAUUGUGCGGGGCCCUGACACCUACAUGGACCUGCCCAACAAGACCUUCCGUAUGCUGCGCUUCGGCCACGCCCACCCCACAGGGUACACUCACAUCCUGAAGACCGACGACGACUGCUACCUGCGCGUGUCCCACCUGCUCAAGGCUCUGCGCGCGGGGUUCCACCCCAUCCGCGACCCCGCCUCCAAGUGGUAUGUGUCGGAGGAGCAGCUGCCCAACAGCGCCGUGCCCUUCGGCGUCAAGUACCUGGCAGGGUGGGGGUACGUCCUCUCCCGCGACCUCUUCACGCGCAUCGUGCACAAGACCAACCUGUGGGCUGCGGACCCCGAGUCGGCGCCCGCCUGGUACACGCUGCUGGCUUGGGAGGAUGUCCUCAUCGGCAUGAUGCUGAUGGACGUGGUGGACCUCCCGGAGGACCACAGAGGCUUCAGGGCGGCAUGGAGGUCCUGUCCCGCAGAGACCGUGCUGAGGCACCUGGAUGUGGACGCCCCCGCCCUCCUGGACGGGCUGUAUGCCCAGGAGGAGUCGGGUCUGUGGGGCGCCCGCCCCGUGCAGUGCAGCUCUGGCAAGUUCCUGCCGGGCGACUACUCCGGCUGGAAGGCGUGGCGAGAUACGCUGCCGUUCGUGGAGCGGCUGUAG